AUGUUCAUCCACUACUUGUCUGCAACCAUACUCCUAUCGAGCAUCGUCUCGGCUGGCUCAAUUUGUAAAACCACCCCAUACGACACAAUCUGGCCCACGGAUAACUAUUGGACUGCCUUGAACCACUCUGUCGGGGGUGCCUUGAUCAAAACCCGACCAGUAGCGUCUGCUUGCUAUGACGGCAACCCCUUUUCUUCCGCUUUGACCUGCGAUACUAUUGAUGCCGGCUGGUCAUCUUCCACAUUCCAUGCAGGCUUUCCGGAAUCCAUCGACUAUCCAUUUUGGGCCAACAACUCCUGUGUACCUCCGAGCGAGUACGCAUACAAGAACGAUGGAUGUAAGCUUGGAGGCUUGCCUGAAUUCAUCCUCAAUGCUACGAUUGCCGAACAGGUCGCAACAGCAGUGAAGUGGGCUAGCGCGCGAAAUAUUCGCAUCAUUGUCAAAGGAACCGGGCACGACCUGAACGGAAGAUCCAGCGGCGCAUAUUCGCUGUCGAUUUGGACUCAUCAGCUUCGAAACAUCAAGCUAGACAAGCAGUGGCCACGGCCGUCGACCAACAUAACAGAGAGCGUCGCUAUUCUCGAGAGCGGAAACAACUGGGGGCGCGCUUUGGAAGCCACAGCCGCAGCUGGAAGGACACUUGUCAGUGGGCAGGUCAAGACAGUCGGUCUCGGCGGCUUCAUCGGCGGCGGUGGCCAUGGCCCUCUUUCGAGUCACUAUGGUCUCGCCGCUGACCAGGUCCUCCAGGCUACAGUAGUCACAACAACCGGUGACAUUCUCGUGGCAAAUGAGUUCCAGAACCGAGACUUGCUGUGGGCAAUCCGAGGCGGCGGACCGGGUCUCUAUGGAAUCGUCACGGAGUUCGUCCUUCGCACACACCCCAUCCCAAGCAACGUGGUCCAGACAACUUUGUCCCUGAGCAUGACUGGAAACGACACCGGAUCUUCUGCCUCCGCAUCUUGGGACGCCAUGGCAGUACUUUCCAGCUUCCUUCCGGACCUGAUGGACACUGGCGUGGCAGGCUUUGGCAACGCGGCAACGUCGAAUGUUUCGCCCAAGUCUUCCAGCGGCGUCGUUCAGGGAAUCGGAGCAACCUUUACUUUCUUUAGCUACAACACCACGGCGAACGAUCUCGUUUCAAUUUUGAAUCCGAUUCGAGCCCGCAUGUUGCACAGUGGAAAUGCCAAUCUCUCGGUGGCUAUCGCGGAGCCGACGGUCUUUUCCUCGUACCUCUCCUUCAUCGACGACCUCAAUGAUCCCGCCACUCCCGUUGCACAGAUCAGUCUCAUCUCCAGCCGCCUGCUCGGCCGCAACGAGCUGACUGAGAUUCCCCUGUCAAAGCUUCGAUCCCAUCUGCAAGAUAUCACCAAGUCUCAGGUGGAAGGGGGUACUGCUGCACUGGUGUAUGGUCUUCAGGGUGGAUUGGGGCCCCGUCAGGUCGAGGCGAGCAUGCGAGGCGCUCUGACUCCUGCUUGGAGAAGCGCCUACAUCCACCUGAUCAGCUCUGGGACGUAUAUCAACACGACGGACACUACACCGCAGGAUGCCUUGGCCAAUGCUGCGGCUUGGGCUGAAGAGAACAAAGAAGCAGUGUGGCGGAAGUGGGCGCCGGGAACGGGUGCGUACAUCAAUGAAGCCAAUCCAUUCAAUAGCAAAUUUCAAGAGGACUUUUAUGGUGGCAAUUAUGACCGCUUGCUUGAGAUCAAAGACAAGUACGAUCCCACGGCCAGCCUUUAUGUCCGGUCAGGAGUCGGAAGUCACAAGUGGGACUACAAUUUGACGGCCAGUAAACUUUGUCCUAAGUAG